AUGGGCUUGCCACGAAGCUGGGAGACAUUCUCCCAGAUCCCUAUACAUGGCACCGUCUACAUCAGCUACAAGUGCGCUCCGGAGGAUCGCAAUUUCAAGGUACGCAGAAGCUACCUUGAGGUGUACAGCAACUGGCCUUGCGGAGUACAAGAAGAAGAGGUGUUGUGGUGGGCCUCCACCAACGAAGUUCCUGUCGAUGUGAUGGAGUUUCUGGAGUUUGUGAUUGAGCGGUACGACAAUGUCUAUGAGGCUUUCGAUGACAUCAAGAGCACCAGGAACACGCAGGUGCUGAAUCUCCGUGACUUCGAAGAGGGCUUGAAGCGGGUCAAAUGCAAGAAGUUCAAAGGGCGACGUGAAGUGGAGAAAAUCACUGGCAUUUUCCGCUACUUGGAUCCUAGUGGUGAGGGCCAAGUAACGCGAAGCGAAUGGGGCAUACUAGAGCUCUGUCACAAAGAGAUGGUGUACUCCAUCCAGGAGUUUGUCCACUUCUGCAAUCGUUCGUUUGGGAAUGAUCUGAACGCUGCCUGGGCAGUGUUCGACGUGAACGGAGACAACUUCAUCUCUGAAGCGGAAUGGGUGUCCGUGGCAAGAUCGUUCUCCUAUUUUGGGCCAACGUUGCCCAUCUUCCGCUUCCUGGACAGAGACGAUGAGGCUGGGCUUGGCUGGGGUGACAGGAUGUGA